AUGUCUACCGUCAAUAACGCCAUAACACCGCAACCACCUCCACCGGAAAUCUUUGGUGGAAGUAGGAGGAUCUGGGCAGCGACAUGGUACAGCAUCCUCAGCCUAUUCUCGAUUACUCUACAUACAACAUUCAUUGCGGCUUUGAUGUACACGGAUCUUCGCGAGAGAACCUACGUAAUGAUGAACGAUGAGAAGGUGGUGAUCAGACGGAGAGGAAGAUAUUUCGAGUUGUAUUGGCCUCGCGGUGGUCGGGUGGCACGGGUUAUCGAAGGUGGAGAGAUAGCAGUUUUGCUCGUGGCCGUCUUUAACACGCCACUUAUUGGUGUACGAUGGAUCGACGCUUUUAUGAGCUUCGUGGCCAUGACAAGUCGCAAUGCGCGUGCAUUCUACAUAAUUAACAAGGCAUCUAACUAUUUGGUUGGAGUCGUGAACUUCGCUGCUUAUGCCUUACUUCUCUUUAUACUGGUAAAAAAGCGGAUGCUUUCACUUAGUCGUAAUCAUGAGAUCAAAAUGACAUUGCAGGUUUUGUGUAUGAUGGUGGCAGAAGUAUUGUUCUUCCUGUUCUGGGAGUUAUGGGACAUGGAGGAAACCGACGCAUUGUACUUUCUACUGGCUGAAACCUCUAUUUUGUUAUUCUACGAUGUGCUUAUUCUCCCAUACCUUAUUUUCAACGGGUUUGUGAAUACGUCUCAAUAA